AGUAUCAACAUUGGCAGCGCAGCGCGCAGUUGGAACAACGGCAAAACGCUCAAAACCAAAAACUACUUGGAGUACAAUUCAAACAACUUAACGCGAGGCAAAAGCAAGCAGUAGACGACGACGAGGAGUAGCGGAGGCGAAAAAUUUUCGAACAUCGUAGCAGCUAGUAACGGCAAACGCCAGCGCACCGAGUUGAUGCGAUUGUUGAACGCGCGAGUGUACGCAACUUCAGUACUAUUUGGCAUUCGCUUGCGUUGUGUUCGUUUCUUCGCUUCUGUGGUGACGCUGCGCUCUAUACUGUGUGUGAAGAAACAAAUAAAUAUUUUAAAAAAAUAUAAAAAAACGUAGAAAAUUCGUACAGAACGCCGCGCGUUGCGAACAAACGAAUUUAUUUUUAUUAAAAAAAAAUAAAUUGCAAAUAUAUCUAAAAAAAUAGUGUGCAAAGUGCGCGUUAAAACAAAAAAGCUAAGAAGUUUCCUGAAAAUACUGCAACCAAAGCACACACAAAAAGUGUGUCGCCGUACCGACUUUUGACAAUUUUCGUGCGCUGUCAAAACGCUUUUUGGCAUUUGUACGCGUGUGCGUGUGUGUUAACGAGCGCCUUACCAGCAGCCAGCGAGUUUUGGCAAGUGUGUCAGCCGGAAAAUUUACAGAUUUCGCAGGUGCACGUGCAAUAAAUGCAUAUUUCCUUACCACAACCUGCAACGCAGCUGUAAAUUAACAAGAUUACUUUUGUGAUCCAAAAUUAAUUUAGUUUGCCGGCAAACAGCUUUUCCAGUCAUAAAAACCGAUAACACAACCAAAAACAAAGGCAAAAAAGCUUACACUAAAAAUUACUAGUGUGAAAAGUGUUUAAAAAGUAGCAACGCUACAACAACCAAAGUGAUUGAAAGCUGACGGCAGCUAACAGCGAAGUAUUGCUGCUAAACUCAAAUUGCUAAAUAAUAAAUAAAAGCAAAUUUGCAAUACAAAUAAAUAAAUGCGGUGAAUUAGAACACACGCGCUGCGAAAUUAAUUGGAAGUAAAAAUUUACUAUAACAAAACUAUAAAAAAACAACAACAAUUUGCAAUUUUAUACGAAAAAAGUGUAAACGGCACACAUUUUUUUGGCACAUUUUUGUGUUGUGCGCUUAUUUGUGACGAUAAUUGAAAAAAGUGAAGCCGGUCAGUGCUGCUAAAAAUAAAUCAGCACACACACACUCAAAUAUAUAAGGAGACACUAAAGCAUACACGCUAAACGUGCGCAGCGAAGUUGAAGGGACGCAGCAACAAGUUUACAAUUAUGGGGCAACACAAGCAACAGCAACAACAGCGGUGGCGCGUAUGCGGUUUGCAUGCGUUUGCAGUUUUAUAUCUCUGCUGUACAUUAAUAGAUCUCACACUAGCUGAAAUCGAACCUAAAUUGGAGAUUUUUCCCAUGCAAGGUGUGCAACGCAAACCAGUUGGCAAAUCACUGAUUUUAACCUGCAAACCAAUAGUGCCCGAUCCGAAUUUGGUAUCCGAUCUGCAAUGGAAGGACAAUUUGAACAAUACUAUACUGCCGAAACCGAACAAAUACUAUUAUCCACUGUAUGAUUCCAAAGGACGUAGAUUACCCGCUGUCACUGGCCGCAAUCAGCCACCGAUGUAUACGGAAACUUUGUCGGAAAGUUUGGCGCUGAUGAUCACCUCGCUGUCGGUCGAAAUGGAAGGCAAAUAUUAUUGCACCGCCUCCUAUGCAAAUACGGAAUUAAUGAAUACGAGCGUUAUAAUUAAAACUUAUGUCGCCAUAACAUGGACAAAUGCUCCGGAGAAUCAAUACCCCAUACUCGGCGAAGACUACACUGUCAAGUGUGAAGUGAAGGCCGAUCCCAAUCCGACCAUAGACUGGCUGCGCAACGGUGAUCCGAUUCGUACCGGUGAUAAAUACGUAGUAGAAGCGCACGGUUUACUCAUACGUAAUGUGCAAGAAUCUGAUGAUGGUAUUUAUACUUGCCGUGCUGCUGUAAUUGAAACUGGUGAAUUGCUUGAACGCACUAUACGCGUCGAAGUCUACAUACGACCGGUCAUAACGCACUUACCAGCCACACUCGAGGCCGUCGAAGGUAAACCGUUUGCCGCAAAUUGUACCGCAACCGGUAAGCCAGUACCAGAAAUUUCUUGGAUAAAGGAUGCCGCUCAACAGAAUGUCGCCACCGCCGAUCGCUUCCAAGUGAACCCGCAAACCGGUCUUCUCACCAUAAAUUCAGUUACACAAGACGAUUAUGGCACUUACACUUGCAUUGCCAAGAACGAUGCAGGCGUGGUAGAUAAGAAGACUAAAUUAAAUGUGCUGGUGCGACCACAAAUCUACGAGUUCUACAAUGUAACCGGCGUGAGUAAGAAAGAAAUUGCUAUCACUUGCCGUUCCAAAGGACGUCCCGCACCCGCUGUCACCUUCAGACGCUGGGGAACCGAGGAAGAAUACGCACCAGGCUUGCAAGUCGAUGAUGAACGCAUCUCUUUAGAGCAACAUUUUGAUGAGGAGCGCGGCGAAAGCUCAGGCACGCUACGCAUUACAAGUACCACACGUAAUGACGAUGGGCUUUACCAGUGUCUUGCGCGCAAUAAGGGCGACACCGCUUACAAAACCGGACACAUAACUGUUGAAUUUGCACCAGACUUUUCGCACAUGAAGGAUCUGCCACCAGUUUUCAGCUGGGAAGAACGUAAAGCCAAUCUUAGUUGUCUAGCGCAAGGUAUACCAAAUGCUACAAUCGAAUGGCGCUGGAAUGGACGCCCACUUAAGGAUGACUUCGACAAGAAUCUCGUCAUUAUCGGCACCGGACCACGUAGCGAUUUGAUUGUGCAUCCUGUGGCACGCCAAUACUAUUCGGUUUACAAAUGCAUUGCCACAAAUGUACAUGGCACCGCCGAGCAUGAUAUGCAAUUGAAAGAGGCACGUGUGCCCGACCUAGUUGCCGCCGCGAUACCACGUCAGCUCACCGCAACAACAAUCACCUUUGAUAUACGCGGACCACCAACGGAACUCGGUCUACCCAUCACCGCUUAUAGCGUGCAAUACAAAGAGGCUAUUAACCCAGAUUGGUCGACAGCACUGAAUCGCACCUGGUCACCGGAUUCACCGUACAUCGUUGAAGGACUUAAGCCACAGACAGCCUAUCAAUUCCGGUUUGCGGCACGCAAUCAAGUUGGUUUGGGCAUGUGGGGCGUAAACCAACAGCAGUCAACACCCAGACGUUCAGCGCCCGAAGAGCCCAAGCCACUGCAUUCGCCGGUGCAAAAUGACAAAGAAGAACCCGUUGUAGUGUCGCCGUACUCCGACCACUUUGAGCUGAGAUGGAGCGUGCCAGCUGACAAUGGUGAACCCAUCGACUUCUAUCAAAUCAAAUACUGCCCAGGCGUAAAAAUGGCCGGCACUUGGCAUGAACUGGAAAAUCAAUGCGUCUCGCAGGACGUUGUCGAGACCACAUCAUACGAGAUGUCGCAUCUAAGUGGCAACACCUACUAUCGCAUCGAAUUGCGUGCGCACAAUGUGAUCGGUUUCUCAUCACCAGCAUCGAUUGUUAUGAAAACGACACGAGGCAUCGAUGUCAUACAAGUAGCCGAACGGCAAGUGCUCUCCUCCGCCACCAUUGUGGGCAUAGCUGUGGGCGGUGUGUUGCUGCUGCUCUUCAUUAUCGAUCUAUUAUGCUGUGUAACGGUACGAAUGGGCGUGAUGGCUACUAUGUGCCGACGGGCGAAACGUUCGCCAUCCGAUAUUGAUGAUGAGACGAAAUUGGGCAGUGGGCAGUUGGUUAAGGAACCUCCACCAUCACCGCUACCAUUACCGCCACCAGUUAAACUCGGUGGAUCACCAAUGACAUCGCCAUUAGACGAAAAGCAGCCUUUGCAGACACCAACUGGUAGCGUGAAACAAAAUUCCACCGUCGAAUUCGAUGGACAAUUUGUGCACUCGCGCAGUGGCGAAAUACUUGGCAAAAACUCAGCUGUGUGAAUAAAAUUGGAAGAAUUCUAAAGACUAAAUGAAAUCACACAAAACGAACAAAUUAGCUGGAAACGUUGAAAUCAAGCAUUAAAAUUUAUAAAACAAAAAAACAACAGAUAUGUUGAACCACAAAUUUUCUGUUCUGUGUGCAUGUUAAAUGUAAAUGCAUAGCGACGCUGCAACACUGGUGGCGAACAAAAUAAUGCUUAUUACUGGAAUGGAUACGAACAAAUAUGACAACCAAAAAUAUAUAAACUACAACAAAAUGCGCUGAAAUCGCAUUUACAGAUCAGUUGUAAAAAAUAUUAUUAAAUUAAAAAUAUGCUUCAUUUUAUAAAACUUAAAAAAAUAUUACAGCUUUUAUAUGUUUCCGCUAUUUACAAUUACAACAAAUAGGCAUUUAUUUGCCUAACAACAUAAGCUUAAAAACAUACGUAUUACCAUAUACAGUUAAUUACAUGAAAAAUAGUAAAAGUCGAUUUCAAGUGUAAAAAAGCAACAAAAAUUCCAUAAAACAUUUAUUUCCUUGAAAAUAGUAUUUUCUUUUAUUUUUGUUAUUUUUCAAAUAUUUCUAAGCUAUUUUCUAAACACUUUAUGAACCAUAUAUAAGCCCAAAAGCUUUCUAGUAAUCUUUUACAUUCGUAAUAUUUUAAGUGUAUGCUUUACUUGACCUGCGUAACAGUUAAAUCCAUUCAUUUCUGCCUUAAAAAGAAAACAAAACAUAGCAUUUUUAUAUAUAUUGUAAUUAAUAUAUAUAUUGUAAUUGGAAUGUAACAACAAAUAUUAAUAAUUAAUAGUAGUUAAGAAUAAUUUGCUGUUAUUAAGUGCUAAUGUAUACAAAAACAAAGUGUGUAUGGCACUAAUAUUUAGACUAGGCUUUAAUAUAGGUUAAACAUUAUGCAAAUAAUAUUCGAUUUAAACUAAAUUCAGUUCAGAUAUUUUGAUUUUUUACUUUUUCAGAGCGUUUAGUUGGUGAAAAAAAUUGUACUUAAAAACAAAUACCGUAAGACUAUUAAAAGCUGUGUAAGAAAAAUCGUAACUGCAAACACAUAAUAAGGGAAAUAAUUUAUAAUAUAUGAGUUUAAAACGGCAUACCUUGUGAAAAUUGUAAAGCAAUUCGAGCAAAUUAAUUCAAUUUAUUUUAGAAAUAAAAAAUACUAAUAAUUUUGUUUUCUUUUCUCAUACUUAACGAUUUUUAUGAAAGAAAAUUGUUUACAAUAUUUACAAAACUAUCAGCAAUUCAUAUGAAAAUCUAUUUCGAAUUAUUAUUUAGUUCAUUAAUAAAUUACUUUAUGAAUUUUUUAAUAAUAACUAAGAUAUUAAAUAAAAAAUGUAUGUUUGCUUAGAACAAUAUAUUUCGAUAAAAAAAAACACCUUUACAAAAAUUACAUCUACAAAAUUUAGUAUUAUCAUGUUCAUUUAAGAUAUGUGUUCAUAAUUCAGCGAAAUUCAUUAUACAAGCUUUGUAAUAACCAUUUAUAUGUUUUGUUGAUUUCAUUUUUUUUUUAAUCAACAAUAUUUAUAAUAAUUAAAUUAAUAGCAUCUUAAAACAUUAACAUUAUUUUUUACACACUUUUAACGAGGGCACAGAUUCCAUAUUUUAUUAAAUAACUCAUUUACUAUUUAAGAAAAGUAUGCGUCAUUAAUUAUAAUAACGUAUGUAUAGGUAACUGUAUGUCAAAUGUGGCUUGUGUAUAAAAAAGAGAAAAAAUUUUAUAUAUUUCAUAUAAGAACGGAACAUUAAACAAAGAUUCAUUGCUCAGAAGUUUUCGCCAAAGAUAUAAAAAUGUGAAAAUGCUAAAAUGUCAAAGUGUGAACGUAGCUUAAACAAAUUAAGAAAUAUGCUCAAGCAUUGACAAAAGUAAGAGAUUUUGGUGUUAAAAAUUAAAAAUAACUAAUUAAAAAAAUUGAAUUUAGCAUGAUAUUUGGUAAAAAAAUAUUUUAUCUAAAAAUUAAAAAAAACAACUUGAUUUGGAUAUAAAUUCAAUAAACAAUUAACUUAGAUAAAUUACAAUAAAGAGAUUAAACAAAGAUGUAGUUAUUACUAAUUUUCGUUUGAUGAUCUUUCCAUUUUGUGAUUUUAUUUAUGCAUUUUCAGAAUAUAUUCUUGCUUCAGCGCAUAAAAUAUAUUUAAAUAAGGUAAAAUAAUAAUUCGUUUACAAUCAUAAACCCUUAACAUGUAAAUUAAUUUUUAAUUUAGUAUUUCAAAAGUGAAUUUGUAUUUGUAUAGUAUUAAUGGCUUAGUUUAAAUCAAAAUACGUAUGUAUAAAAAAUGAGUUUACAACAAAAGUAAAUUUAUUUACUAGUUUUAAGACUUUUUUCUAUUAUAUUAUACAAUGGAAAUAAAUAAAUAUAAGUAUGUAAUGCAAGUGGAAACCUAAAAAUAAAUAAAAACGUAUGCAUUUAUUACAAAAAAAUUAUUUUUGAUUUUUCUUUACAUUGCAUUCAAUUAUUCAACACUAAUUUGCACCUUAUCCUAUACUCAAGCGCCUUUUACAGAGCUUUUUACAAAAAAAAAAUAUUAUGAAAUAAAAAAAAUACAAAUAUUUAUAUAAAGAUAUGCCCAACUAUAAAUUAAUAAAUACACAUAUAUGUAAAUUAAUAUAAUGAAAAUACAAAACAUACAAUAUUUGCCGAAAAAAUUAUUUCCACAUUAAACAAAAGAAUUUAAGAAAAUAUCGUAUUUACCUACGUACAUAAAGUUUCCAAGUUGAGUUUGUACAAAACCGUAUUUUGAAUAUUGAAAAUUAAUAUAAUCUUUUUGCCGAAAAAGUAUGUUGUAUUAAUACGAUUUAUGUAUGUAUAUGUAUAACUGAUUGAACUAAAUCAAACACAAAGCAUUUUCCGCAACUGCCAAAAAAUUCAAACAAAAAAUUAAAUUAAAUUGAAAAUGUUCUUAUAUAACAUUUAUCUGUAAUUGAGAAAUUAUUGUUGUUGUAUGUAAUCUUUUAUACUAAUCAUAAAAUAUUAACAUACAUACAUACAUGCAUGCAUCGUAAUGAUUAGAUCAUUAAUUUCGAAGUGAAAAAGCAGUACGGUAUAAAUGAAUAAAUGAAAGACUAAAAUUAAAAA